UUUACAUUCAUUAUUUACCUUAUUAUUUUUAUUAUAGAUGUCAGUGGCCUUACAAAUCACUGAAGUUGUCUUGACUGUGAUAAUGAAAGUGCCCGACAUUAUCAGAGUCUUCAAGGAGCUUGGCAACGGGAAGGUGAAACAGGAACACGAGAAUCUUGCACAGGAACUCUGUGCCCUUCGCAAGGAACAUGAGAGGGCGUCAAAGACCAUUGACGCCCUAGUUGAGAGCCAAGAACAAUUGAACCAAACACUCCAGCUGCUGACAGAACUGCUGAUAGUGCUAAACAGCCUGUCUUCAAGGCCUUGGCCAGAUCUGCAAGAGAGCAUUCGCGACGUUUUGGGUCAAGGAGGCCUCCACCAGGACUCUGGCGUCCGUGUGAACGAGGCUCCCUCAGGGCUAACCUGUGCAGUCUGCAGGUCGACCUACAACGCGCACGAUCGUCGUCCGCUUAUCUUCUCCAGCUGCGGCCACACCUUCUGCGAGGAAUGCCUUAGGACGGAGAACCGCAAGAGUGUGUUCCGGUGCCCUUCUUGCCGGCAGGACCGCGACCAGUUCUGGACGCUGAAGCCUAACUUCGCGCUGCUCGACCUGCUCGAAGCGAGGAGAGUCCAGGAGACCAGGGACGACGAAGACGACGAAGACGACCUCAAGAAGGGUCUCCGCAUGGACGACGACGACCUGCUCUCCCUCGCCCUCCACAUGUCCGCACAGGAGGCCGAGAACAAGGAGUACAGGCGUCAGGUCGCCGCCUUACUCGCGCGAGAGCCCGCUGGGCCGGCGACGUCCCCGGAGCGGAGGGCGGCUGGCAGGAGGAGGCAGAGGGGCGUCCGGGGAAGGAGGAAGCUUACUGCCAUGAGGAACUUGAAGGUCUUGAUGGGAAAAAGCUCCGCCUUGAGAAGGAGGAGGCUGAAGGAGAGAGGAAAACAUGCUUCUGGUUGGAGGAGGAAGAAGAACUGCAACUGGCCAUGGCUAUGUCACUAUCUCUCCAGACAAGCGAGUAAGAGGCAGCAGAUUAUUAUGAUACAGAGUAAACGCGCUGCAGCAUCAUGAAGGAGAAUUGAAGCCCUAAACACAAACACACACAAUGUUUGUGGAAACCUCACGUUGGCAGUGUGAUUAUGCGGUAUCCGUGAAUUGUGGUCACCUACAUUUAUAUAUGAAGUACAGCUUAUUAAGAGAUUAUGUAUAGUUUAUUAGUGUAUAAUAUUCAUGGGAAAUAUUAUGCAGGCACAUCACAUUUAUUUACUCAGUUGAUUUUCAAAGAAUCUAAAUGGAUUCUGACUUUUUGUCAUCCAUACAUGUGGUCAUUGACUGUCCCAAAACCUAAAGAUAGUCCCUGUUAACAAAACUAAAAAGGUUUCACAGAUAAAACUCGAUUGCAAAUAUCUCUUUAGGCUGUAAGAAAAGAAAAAAAAUCUUGCAACUGGAGCACCAAGAGAAAUCUGGAAGAAAGGGUGUUGCAUUAACAUUAAUUUCUACACCUGAACCAUCGGCUUUAGGUCCAACAUCAAUAAGUUUCAGAGCCAGCAUCAGCCUCUCCGUCAGGCAAAGCUAAGGCCUGUUGCGGAUGCUGUUGCAGAAGACUGACCUGAUGAGAUGAGAUACUUAUAUGAACAUGAAUAACGAAGGUCAUUGGCUCUGCUAAAAACCCACAGGGACUAAAUUACUGGUAUUACCUUUAGCAUUAUUAACAUUAUUAUUAACAUUAAGAAGUAGGAAAUGAAUAUUUUUUAUUAUUAAUAUAUGUGUAGUUUUGAUAAGCUACUUAGUGCAGUCUUCCUUGCCUUUUCCAGGAUUUUUAAACAGUCUUGUAGAGCAGCAGUUUCACAUGAAAAUUAUAACUCUCUCUCUCUCUCUCUCUCUCUCUCUCUCUCUCUCUCUCUCUCUCUCUCUCUCUCUCUCUCUCUCUCUCUCUGCUCUCU